AUGAAUUUCUCGCCGUUUGGAGGCCACUUCCCUACUACCAUACCAAGUAUCCAUCAAUUUGCGACCGACAGUUCCAGCGGUGCGGGCGCGCGCUACGCGAAUCAUUUUCCCAACCAGCCUCCGAUCGGAGUGCCGGUGAUGGGAAAGUACCGUCCUGAGAACAACGCCGUGCAAUCCGCUCAGUCGCAAGUGAUGAUGAACAAUAAGGCUAGCUAUCCCAACAGUAAUGUUCACCAUUAUCCAAACGUGCCGUAUUCUCAGGCCCAAUCUGUUCAACAACGGCCCACCAACUCGCCUGGAAUGCAGGAGAAACGCUCGUACCAUCAGCAAUCCACAGAAACUAUAAAUCAACAAGAUGUCUGCAAUCUUCUUCAAGACAAGGACAAAAACAAGGAGAAGAAAGCCGAAGAGCAACAACGCAAUGGAGAGACAACUGCCACAAACGGUGCUCAACAGGACUACACGAUGCACCAACAUCAUCAACAGCAUGCUCAUACCCAGACACCAGCUACUAUGCCCGCUACAUGGCAAUCGCUCGCCACUCCCGGAUCCACCGUGGCUGACUAUCUCAGCCAUUUACCAGCUAGUACUUUACCGUUGAGUUUACACCACUUUCUCAAGUAUUCCGCCGAAAGUAUCAAAAAAGAAUCCGAGAUGGCACAGACGACUUCGGUGGCUGUGGCUACUACAACGACACCUAAUAUAAUGAUGUCGCCGAAUAAUAAAAAGAAAAAAAAGAAGAAGACGCCCAAGGAGAAGAAGCCGCGUCCGAAACCCGGCGAGAUUCGCUUAACGACGGCGUUGGACGGCUCGACGUUGUACUGUUGUCCAGAAUGUCACAUGGCGUAUCCGGAACGAGAAUUGUUGGAGCAACAUCUUUUGGGCCACACCUUAGAGAGAAGAUUCGUUUGUGACAUAUGCGGCGCUGGCUUGAAACGGAAAGACCACCUCACGCGUCAUAAACAAAGCCACAAUCCUGAGCGGCCUUACGUUUGCACUGUCUGCUUGAAGGCUUUCAAGAGAAAGGAACAACUGACGUUGCACUUUGUAAUACAUUCUGGUGAGAAGCGGCACGUGUGCACAGAAUGCGGUAAGGGUUUCUACAGGAAGGAUCAUUUACGGAAGCACACCAGAAGUCACAUCGCAAGAAGAGUAAAAGCGGAACUGAGUCAAAAUGCUGGUACGCAGCAGAGUCAACAACAAAAUAACGUUUCGAGUAUGCAAACGACAACCGUGUCGGCGUCGUCUGUUCUUCCGGGUGGGCACCCAGGUCCCCUCCUAUCCUGAGCCCCGCCACCAGGGAACUUCCAGGUUCCCCAUCCGAACAAUAUUCUCCAUACGCAUACUUCUCAUCAUUCGUUGCACCAUCAUCAUCUAACGGCAGUCAACGUAGCGCAUCAGUCGACCGUCACGCCACUCGCUACAUCCAGUCAUUAUCAGUCGCACGAGCUUAGCUUUUUGGGACAUGUUAAAGAUUUCUGAGACGAGGAGAGGACCUCGGCGAAGAGGUAACACCAACACGCUAACCGAUCGUCGUUGUUGUCGUCGAUAGGUAGCUUCGACUGACUCAUCAUUCGGACUUAGUGAUUUUUAUAUGAAACGUAUUCGCAUUGUAUGUGUAUAUGUGUUCCGGAUGAAGCUUCCUAUGUCUUCGGCCGCGUUCAUUUUGGACACUUACGCGCUAUAAGCGCUUAAAAGCGUUGCUUAUGCCGUUCGCUUUAGAAUAAACGCUUGCAGAUCGAGUAAUAUCCUCGUGACGUCAUAACUUCUACUUACAAACAAGGUAGAACAACGAAAGCGUGAGCUCAUAUUCGUUUCGGAACGCACCAUAAGCAGUAUCAAACGCAAAAAAAUAAAAAAAUAGCUUCCAAAAAUCCAACACAUAUUGUGUUAUUAACUUUUAGGCUGCCGGCAUUUUUCAUUAAAAAAGUUUUUUUCUCAAAAAUUUUUCUGUAUAAGUAACAUACACAUGACGCAGAAUUUUGAAAUUUGUGCAAAGCCACAAAAGUGGCUUUCCCGGCAGUCUAAAGGUUAAAAGAUACGAAAACUGAUCGUAUUUGUUACCGUAAUAUGAUUUAAAUGAUUCAUAAUUAUAAUCUGGUAUGAUGUUCUGCAUACAUAACUUGCAUUUUGCAUAACUUACCAAUCGUUGUAUAGAUCUUUGAAUAGAAUAUCUUCCUGCAAUCAUGAUAUUUUCCAGAAUGUUGUCAUAAGGAUUUUCAUAAUCUUCGUCAGUAUCACACAAUAAUUCUAGCACCGUUAAUAUUAAUGCAAAUGACAUACACACUUAUUUUUCAUCUGUUAUAAUUACAGCUUGAUUGUGGCCUUUUAAACGCUCACAAUCGCCAAAGCGAAUGUAUUCUUUACUGACGUGUAAGCUCUCAGAUACCAAAUCGAACGACGCUUAUAAAUGUUUAUUAGUGUGAGCGCUUACAGCGCGUGAGCGUCCAAAGCAAACGCAGCUUUUUUGUCUCGUCAUCGUGACGAGAUGUUAUGUCAUUCCUUUUUCGAGUCUUAACUGUUAUCCGACGCGCUCUUCUUAUAUUUGUCCCAUUCGCGACUUUCAUUGCCAGUAUUGUUUCCGCCACAGAGUUGCACGUAAUACAUAAGGAAUAAAGCAGAGACAUAGAAGCUAUACGCUUCUUAUAGCACAAACAAAAGUACACAUGUGGGAGAGAAUACUAAUUUUCCACGGAAAUUCUAGAGUAGAAGUUUGACUAUAAGUCAAAGAUUCUUGCCAUACGUCGUGUACGAUGAAGAAAAAAAAUAUUUUUGUGAAAGAUCGGUGUUAAUGUAGAAAUUAAGCUGGUCGAUGAAAGAUAGAGAGAAAGGAAGGGAGAGAGUGAGAAUGAGAGAAAGAGAAAAUAAUGACAUUUAUUUCUCUCUUCUUUUUUUUUUUACUUUUUUUCUUACAUCAUCGCGUCGAAGCGUAAUUUUAUUAUUUUCGCGGUGGUUGUAAAUUUGUUUUUAUUUCUAGUUGAAUGACAACAAGUGUGCAAGUGAUAUAAAGGAAAUAAAAAUUAUGCAUAGCGAUAUUCCUAAUGCAUAUGAACGUAGACGAGUCAACCCACCGAUUAGAAAUCGUCGUCUUUCCUUUAUUUUCUGAAGGCAGAUAUUUGAUGAAACUUUUAGUGCGCAUCUAAAGGAUAAUAAUGUGUAUUAUCAUACAGUUUUAGGUAGAACUAUGCUCUAUGGGAAAAAAAUACGAUAAAAGCGUAGCAAUAUUUCGCAGUCGAUAAAAAUUUUAUUUCGUUUCAUUAAAACUUUUGUUCCUUUUAUAUAUAAAGUUGACAGUAUUUUAUAUUUUACGAUAUAGUUCUAAAUUUUUACUUAUUGUAUAUAUUUAUAUAUACACUUUUCUUAUGUAUGUGUUGUAUAACAUUUUGUAUGAGCGUAUUUGUCCAGAUACUUGGCAAAUUCGUCGUUACUUUCUUUUGCGACUUAUCGUACUGAACAUUUCGGAAGCUUAAUUAGUCUUCGUAAUUUUUAUAUUACUUUUUUUUACAUUGUUUUUAUACAUAUUUUUUUUCGUUGGUCUUCAUAUAUUCGUUAUAUACGUUGAGUACUGAUUAUAAUGUAAGUUUUAUUUUGUAGCGUAUACUAUGGUAUACUUAUGUAGCGUAUACUAUGGUUUCUCUCGAUAUACGAGCUAGUUUUUAAUGUUUAUAUUUAUCCACGCAUCGCAAAUCUUCACAGACUGUGAUUGUUUCCGACAAAGGAUAUUUGCUGUAAUCGUCAGACUGCCUUUAAGUUUAUAAACUUUGGCUUCAUUUUAGUAUUAAUGUCUCCGUGCCAUCAUUUUUAAAGCUACUUUUUCGAUUUCUUUUCUUGCCAUACAUUACACAAAUGUUUUAUAGUCACAAUAUACAUAAUAAUUAUAUUUUUUUUACUAUUCUUUAUACUUCCAUCAUCGUUGUCAUCAUAACAAUUAUUACUUUUCAUUUUAUUAUCAUUAACGUUAUUAUUAUUAUUAUUCAGCCACACGUGGGAAUACUCGAAUGAUGUUUGAGAUAUUAUACAGGUGAUAGAGUAGUAAAUAAAUAAAAACUAUGAUUCCAAAAGUUUGAUAAUACUAUGAUUUUGUUUUACUUCUCAUUCUGCCGUAACUGGCUUAGAUCUGUCAAAGGUAUUUUUGCAUGUGGUUUUUCUUAAUUUACGAGCGAUUUACUUAUGUAAUUUUAAUUAUCAUUAUUGUUAUUAUAAUUAUUAUAUUAUUUAUCUUUAUAUAAAUAUAAAUAUCCGUAUAAAUAUUAUCGUAAAAUGACACGUCAAACAUGUCUACAUGUAUAAACAUGUAUUGUAUAAACAUGCAUAUAUUAGAACGUAAAGUGUUAGAAAUAUGAUGGGAUCAUUGUAGAAAAAGAAACUCGUUGUAUAACUGUAGUAUCUAUUCGUUAGGACACUAUUAUUUGGUGAAUAAUAAUCGAUAUUAUGGUGUUUUGUAAUUUAAUAUACGAGAUUUUUCUUAGGAUAUGAUCAUAUCUUAAGGUUUCUUGUACCUCACCGAUCAUAUCGGAUUUAUGACGUUAAAAGUGAGAAAUGACAUGCUGACGAAAGUUGCGUGCCAUUUCUGAAUAAAGAUAAAUAUGGACGAAGGAGCAUUUGAGAUUACUUGAGCAUACUUAUAAAAUUGUCCGAAAGAUAUCCUUUUCCCUUAAUGAUCAAUAAAUCGUAUAAUAAAUUGUGAAAUGAAACACAUGAAAUGAUAAAAUGAGUCUAUUUUGUCUGCGUGUUUUAUUUCACCAUUUAUCAUACGACUGAUCGUUAGGAGAAAGGAAUAGUUUUCGGAAAAUUUUACAAGUAUGCUCAAGCAGUCUCAAGUGCUCUUUCGUCCGUAUUUAUCUUUAUUUAGAAAUGGCACACAACUUUCGUCAACGUAUUAUUCCUCGUUUCUGAUAUCACAAAUCCAACGUGACCAUAGCGAGAUACAAGGAUCACUUUGCAAAUCAUUGUCAAACGUUAUUACAGAAACAAAGAGAAAAAUACAUUGUUGUGUUUUACGUUCCUGAUUAAAAUCGCGCGACAUAUACUCAUUGUGACAAGUAUACAAUGGAGUUCGUACUCGCACGAUAUUUAAGAUAUUCAUUACAUGAUUGAUAUUUCUCAUUUGGACAUAUCUUUCUAUUUGUUUCUCGUCGCAUCAUAUCUCUAGCAUAAGACGUUUUGACAAACAACACAGAAAAUUCAGGUUUCGCCAGACCUCAAGUAUAAUGAUAUGCUAAAAUUAUUGCAUACAUGAUAUAAAUAUAUAUACAUACGCACUAAAAGUCGUAUGUAAAAGAUCGAAUUGUAUUGAAAAUUCAUCGCCAUGUACUUGUAACCAUCAAGGCAGAGAAUGUCUUAGAUUAUACGUUAGCGAGUAAGUUUGUAUACAAGACAUAAUUGUAUCGUAAGCAGAGCAAAAGAGAGAAAAAGAGAGAAGCAAAGAAUUGUAUACAUAGGGUGUAUCAAAUGCCGCGGACACUUUCUCUUUAAUACAGACGACAGAGAGAGACAAAAACUUGUUUCUUUCAACAUCAAGGAAUCUUUACGAUUUCCAUGAAGCGAUGCCAAACAAGAACCAUUUUUGGCCAUCAAACGCGUUGAAUUUUAAUACUCUUUUAAUUCAUGAGACUUUUAAAUAAUAAGAUAUUAAAGCUUGAUGAUUCAAAGGAUUCCGUGAAGUGACUCUUUUAUAACAAAGAAGACAACAAAAGAAUCCGUAACUGGGAGAAAGUAUGCGAAUUUUCUUACACUCUUAUGCGCUAUGAGGAAACGAGAAUAUGCGCAAGCGUUGAUAUAAGUCUUUUGAGGAAAGUAAUUUGUUUUUUACGGUGGUAGAUGGAUUAUGCAAAGAUGUAAUGAGGAGUAGCUUUACGAUUUACAAAAGAGAUGGCAAGAGAAAGAGGGAGGAGGAAGGGAAGGGAGAAGCAGAUAUUUCCAAAGUUCGACAUACGUCUUCGACUGUUCAAACAAAAUGAGUGGCUCAAGAAGGUCUAUUUUGAAGGGUAGCUAAAAGAACCUAUUUCCAUCCUCGACGAAGUGGACAGUUAAUUCUUAUAGCUGUACAACCGACCGCUUCGUCGAGCUAUAGUUGUAGUAACGUUCCUGUAGUGACGAAGGAAGAAUAAUAGUCGAUGCGUUUCUAAAGAAGGGAAAAUACUUUUCCGGUGCCUUUGUAUUGCGCUGGAUUUUCCGCACCCAUAUGGACCUUCUACAAUAAGAUUAUUAGUCAUAACCCGCAAGCAAAUUGACGAAUUAUUUGACUAUUUUCAGUUGACUAUUUCCAAAAAUAAUCGACUGUGAUUGGUCAAUUUGCUUACAACUUGACUAUGACUAAUGGCUUAUUAUAGAAGGCUCAGCGUAGUUCACCAUCGUAAGGUCUAAGAUCUAAAAGAAAAAGAAGCGGCGCGUUGUGCCUCUCUGUUUUCGGAACAGCGUGUAUACUUUGUCCGCCUCCGCGUUGUUCGAGCAGCCGUCGGUUUUGUCGAUUUUGUGUCCUUUUCGUGCUUCGGUAUGAUCGUCGGGAAUUCACACGGGUCAAAAGGCGAAUCUCGACGCAUCUCGAUGGAUUUUGCAAAAUGCGCCUCCCGCAAAAUAUACGUUUCGAUAAAUUUUUUUAUCUUCGGCAGAAUGAGGAAAGACUGAGACUCGCGGGAGACUAAAUAAAUACGAUUCGUCACGUGCAUUCGACCAACAUUUCAAGGGGGAAAAUACUUUUCGUUCGGUAUUAAACGUCUACUCUUGCUUUCGAGAUUCAAUUGGAGUGUGCUCUACUCGCCGAACUUGCUGAUUCUAGAUGUCGCGAAUAAAAAAGAAAAUCGGGGUUGGCCGAAAAUAAAAAGAUAGGUUGUCGUUGUACGUGUACGAGAAAAAAAAUCUGUCAUUGGGCGCGCUCGUUCAGUUUCGAUCAAAUUGGAGAUAUCGGUUGGACUUGAUUCUCCUUCAUCUCGAUUAGAAGCGGUUAAAUUAAGAGUAUGGAUUUUAUAUAGAAGAUGUAUUAUAAUGAUAAUAAUAAUUAAUAAUAAUAACAACAAUAAUCAUAAUAGUAAUAUUAAUAACAACAACAACAAUAAUAAUAUAAUAACGUUAGUGUAAUACCGAAAAAAAAUAUGAUAAUAUUAAUAACAAUAAUGAUAAAAUAGUAAGAGUUUAGUGGUAAACACAUAACGGAGAAAACAAGAUCCGAUUCUCUUGCGACGCGCUUAAUAGUUUUUAUGCGAAACCCCAGAAAGCCGUAAGCGACUUCGCGAGUUGGCAACAACUCGAUAACAAGCCAUAUGUAUGAUAUAUGGGCAUUUCGAUAUUCUUUGCGUUCUCAUAUACAUAAUUCUCAUAUACAUAAGGUAGUUGAUUAUUUUACUGACGAUGAUUACUUUAUGAUUUAUUGUCGAAAUGUAAGAUCUAUUUCUUUCGUAGGCCUUUGUAAUCGUUGCUCGUAACGAAGAUAAUCGUGCACAAUGUGUGACACGUUUUUUCUCUUUUUAAUAUUCAAAAACUAAACAAAAAAAAUUUUUUUGUAACAGAUGUGCUUAUAUUUCGUUGAUUCACCGGUACUUUCAGUCGAUUCGUUUGUUCCGAGCAUCGAAUGUACCCAGAUAGCACAAGAUAUUGUGUAAAUAUUCUGAUGAAAUAUGAAUGUUCUUGAUUCCUCAAUAUUCGAAUUGGAUAUUCUAUGAAUAUACGUGCAAUAUUGUAGACAGAGAUUCCUGUAUUUAUAGGAAGGAUUAAUAGGAAGGAACAUUCUUAAAACAUUCGUAUGAUUUAUUUUACUGCGCAUGUGCAAUGCGUUCAUGUAACUGGAAACUUUUUCAAAUGUUUCAAAUAGUAAGGUGCAUUUGUUACAGCUUACAGUAAGAAAGCGUAUCCACGAGAUGAAAUAUUCGGGUUAAUUUAAAAUUGUAAAAGCUAAACCAAUGAUUAAGCUACAUUUUUUGUGAAUGUUCUAUGCAUAUCCACAGAACAUUCAGAGUCGGUCAUUCGAAUAUACUGUGAACGUGCUGUGAAUAUAUACUGAGAGAAAUUCGAUAAGAAAUUAACAAGCGGAUAUUUCCGAUCAAAAUACUAAUGAAUUUUUGUAUCCAAUCAGGAAACAUCCGAUGAGAAAUAUCGGUUUAUAAUUUUUUCAUCGGUUUAUCCGAUGAAAUCCCACUAUAAUUGGAAAUAUUUGAUCAAAUUCAAUCGGAUAUCCUAAUCGGAUAUAAAAAUUCAUCGAUCAAAAAUAUCCGUUUGUUAAUUUCUUAUCGGAUAAUUUCUCUCAAUGUCUUCUGGUGCAUCCACAGAAUGUACAAAUAUUCACGGAACAUUCACAGAAUAUCCCUGUGCUAUCUGGGUAUGCACCCACCGUUGAGAAGAAUGGACAAUGUGAAGGCGAUUUUUGUUCAAUUAGACGUGAAACGGUUACUCGAUGAGGGUAGUGGAAAACAAAAAUCUAAAAAGAGUACACGAGACCUCGAUGUGACUCGAGUGCGCGAGUCUCUCAGGAGCAGGGAUGGCAAUGAAGAACCAUAUUUUUCUAUGCAGUGUGUCGAAACUUUUACUUAUUUGUAUCAAACCACAUAGAGAGCACACGAAGGAGCGAAUUCGAUCGACGUCUCGUCGCAAGAUGCGAAGAUACCUCGAAUACAAGCAGUGUGUAAUUAUAAUAAUAUCGAUUGGUUCAUGCAAGAGAGAGAGAGAGAGAGAGAAAGAGUAGAGAAGAACAUUCGACGGAUGCGCGUCGCAUUCUUGGUAUCUUCGUUCUUGCUCGUUCGCCAGUUCUUCGUUGUUCGUGAGUUUUCCAGCGCGGCGUCGAUCGCGGGAUACGAUUUUUUAUAGCGUAUAGCGUAAGCGAGCAACGUGAGAUUUUGCAUGAACCAGCGCGCGUCGCUAUUGUGCGUUCAAAGAAAACAAAAAGAGAAAAAAAAGAAAAGGGGCAAAAAAGAAAACGGAGAAUCUCCAGCGGACUAUCGUUUGGUCGUUUUGGCUUGUCUAAUCGGCGCCUUGUCGCGUGCGUGCGUGCAUGCAUGAGUGCGCUACGAGUGUGUGUGCGUGAGAUUGCGUGUGACUACAGAGUUCUCGACGGGAUGUGUAACGGGCGAUCGAUCGACGACGGAAAGACAUACAAAUUCCUUGAUAUAGUACAAACGCUCAAAUCCUUGUUUCUCUCAGAUAGAUUAGAUGCGCGUAAGUAAUACGAGUGAAAUAACCGGCUGGCCUCGAAGUACGAAUUCCUUUUCGUCCAAGUAUAAUGCAGCAUGGUCUUUCCGCGGAACGAAACCUUCCUCUCUCGGAUGGUUCUCCUUGACGUGUGACAUUUGUAAUACACAUCGCGUCCCGGGGGAUCUGUCGACGAUGAGAACAAGUUCGCUCGACGAUACCUUUGCAGUCGAACCGUGAGCGGAGUGGUGGUGGUGAUGGUGGUGGUGGUGGUUGUUGUGGUGGUGAUGGUGGUGGUGGUGGUGGAAGUAGUAGUGGUGGUGAUGCUGGUCUUCGUGGUGCAAUACAUCCGGAUGCUGAGUACGCUCGAUAUCUCUAGUUUGUAUUUUCGAAAGAAAGAAAUUUUAAAUAUACCCUCCGGUGAAUUUUCUCGUCUUACUUCUCAUCCAUACAGCCCCCCUGUGUUUACAUCACUUUCCGUUUUCCGAAGGCUUCUUUCGUUUUUCACGUCGAAGCGUUCGCGUGGACGCGAGCGAGAGGAGGACGGAGAAAAUCCUAGUGAAUGAGCGCCGAGUGCGAACCGACUUCGAGGGCUUCCGGUGAAAUUGUUGAAAUGGCAUUCGCGGCCGCAUUUGCCUAGGUCAAUUCCCUUUUUCGUUUCUUUUUUUUGUUAAUGCUUUCUAAGCUUGCAUUUUGUCAUCCCCGAUUACUUUCGCGCCGCCACUUUUUUAGCUGAACAUUUGUACCACAGUCUUCCAGGGUACAAAAAUACCGAUUAUUCGUCGUGCGUAAAUCAAAAAUUAAUGCAGGAUGAAUGUACACAGUAAAGAGACAUAAUAAAAGAGGAAAGGAAAAAAAAAGAGAGAAAGAGAAAAGGAUAAGAGAGACACAUUGAGAGAAAGAAGUAUGUAUAACUAAGCGAAUCUCUCUGAUAUGUCGACGUUUUAUUUUUAUAUAGAGUGCUUAAAAUGUCUAUCGACUUUAAGAACGCGGGACGAGAAAAUCGGAUGGACAAAAGGUGAAAAAAGGCAUAUAAGAAAAAAGAAAAAAUAUUUAGAAAGACUUAGAUCUAUAUAUAUUAGAUGCGAGUGUGAAUUUAGACGACAAGAAUGGAAGUUUCGAAUUUGCGUGCGCGUUUUUCAAAUACUUCCCGCGAUACUGCUUCUCAUAUGUAAUAUAUCCUAUAUAUUAUAUCGUUCUAUGUAUACACACACACACAUAUAUAUAUACAUAGAUAUACAUCCAUGAAAAAAAUGCGUGACGUAUAUCUUUUCUUACAAUUCUCAUUAUAAUGUAUGUAUAUAAAUUGUAAGAAAAGUCAUAUCAGAAGAUUUAUUGUUCGGGGUCAUCACCCGGAAAGAAUUUAAUACACUCUCUCUAUAUAUAUAUAUCCCUAUACAUAUAUAUGUACACACACAUAUAUAUCCCGCGUUACUUUCUAUUUCUGUUCUUGCGAGAAUGAGAAACGAUUAAAUUGUCAAUCAAUUUGAGUAUAUGCGUUUUUGCAUUUUCAAUGACUGUAUAUUAUAAAAAAGACACCAGGUAGAUAUUUUUAUAUAAUAAUCAUUUAUUAAUUUAAUUAA